AUGAAGUUCUCUCUCAUUGCUGCUGUUGCCCUGUUCUCUGUUGCUCUUUCUCAAGCUGCUAGCAUUAACGAUGAUGCCAACAUUGUUAACGAUGUUGCUGCUGCCAGCUGGACUCCUUUGUGUGUCCCCAAGACCUCCACAAGAUUCUCCACCAAGACCACCACUGUUACGUUGAGACCCAUGCCCACCACUGUCACCAGGACCACCACCAAGUAUGAGCACGGUCAUGACCAUACCAAGACUGUUACCAAAUAUGAACACGGUCAUGAUCACACCAAGACUGUCACCAAGACCAAGACCAAGACCACCACCAAGCACGAACACGGUCAUGACCACACCAAGACUGUUACCAAGUAUGAGCACGGUCACGAUCACACCACCACUGUCACCUUGAGACCUAUGCCCACUACCGUUACUCUCACCAAGACUCAACUCUGCAAGACGACUCCUUCUCCUUUCUAA